CUCCCUCUUUUCGACGCUCGCUCCGUCAACUCAUAUCAAAAUAUUUAGUUGUUCUUGUUUUAUUUUUUGAACUUCCUCCUAACCUCCGCACGGUCCGGCUUCCCCAAUUUCGGGAAUGCCACCAUGUCCAAGUACAAGGAUAAAGAGAGUGGGACAGUCAUCUUUCUAAACGCGAAAUGGAUAUCGUGGGCCCAUACCGUUGUCGCCUAUACUGCAUUCCUGAGCGCUCUCUUCGUCGGCAUAUACCUUCAUUAUCAUAAGAUCGUUCAAAACGAAUUCUAUGGCUACCCCCAAGAGUGGUUCCCCUCCGUCUCCGCUACCAUCGGUGAUCGAUACCCCGAGCGAUCUUUUUUCAUGCUCUUCAUAGCUAUAACAUCAGGCCCUAGGUUCGCACUCGUUGGUCUCUGGUACCUCUUAACAGCAAGGCCGGGAAAGGCUCUCCCCAAGUUUGUUGCAGGCGUAGGUCUCUUCCGGACUCUUACCUGUGGGGGCUGGACGUACGUAACUUCGACCGAUGACCAUGAUUGGCACGACAUUUUCAUGAUAUCCUAUCUCGUAGCUACGAUUCCUUGGACUGCCGGAUGUAUCGCAUUAAGCCCGCCAAAUCCCAAAGCUCUAAAGUAUCGGAAGUAUUUUGCGACUGCUUUCUUUGGCAUGAUUCCCUUUUUAAUCUACUUCUUCAUACAACAUAAGGUCCACCGAGUAGCAGGAGCUUACACUACUUACUCGUUCUUCGAAUGGUCUCUCAUUCUAUUUGACGUCGCGUUUGAUGCCGUUACCGCCCUCGACUUCGACACUUUCGAAAUAGUAGUCAAGGAUGUAAAGGGUUUGAGUAAGGGGUAUGUACAAUGGCUCCCUAGAGCCAAUGUCUCAUAUCAACCGACCGCCGUUAUAGAGAAAGAAAAGGAGAAGGCUACCGCUGGUAUAUUCAACGUCCAGUUCUCCUGGCCUGAGAUAUUCGACACCGCCGCCGAAGUCUAUCAUGGAUUCGUUUUCUGGUCUAUGCUUACAGGCAUGGGCGUCGUUAUCUGGUACUUCCCGCUGUGGUAUAUGGGUAUUUCGGGUUACGAAGCAUUUGUCAUGUCAACGAUCUCACCCUUGCUGCUUGGCAUUAGAUCAGUCCGGUCAUUCGUCAUCCAUAACCUACGCUCGUUCCAUUUUCUAUCGCUCGUGGGACUUCUUGCGUGGCAAGUCAAAGAUCCGGCAUUCAGACUUUUUACCGUUGGCUUUGCCGUUGCGGUGUCAUGUCUGUCAUGGGCUGCUACGCUUUACUCCGAGUCAGUCCAUGAGGCCAGGCUCGAAUCAAAAAUACUGGCUUGGCUCGUCGGCUUAGUCAUGUCUUCAGCCGUGAAGUUUGCUUGGCAAACUAAUAACCCAAUAUGGCCCAUAAUGCACGCCGAAAACGGUGGUUACAACGUUGUGGGGUUGGUAUUGGCAGUUUUGGCAACGUUGAGGUUCACCCGAAAAGCGCCGUUGAAUACUGGCGCGGCCACAAACGAUAAGCAUGAUGGUUCAAAGUUCCUGGCCGCCUUUGGUGUCGCUGGCGUAUUCUUCGGUUUACACUCUCUCCUUUCCGACACAAGUACCAUGAUUCUAUGGGUAUGGGAGGGCUAUCCAGUGCGAGGGCCUCUCUCGGUCCCCCAUGGUUGGUUCACAGUGGCAGCUAUGACUGCCGGCUUGCUGACGGGAAUUCGUCUCCCCAAGCUCGUCAGCACUUGGUCGGUCUACGGCGUCGGGUGCGUUGGAGCAGCUAUCCUUACUCUCUACCCAAACUGGUUCGGUUAUCUUGGUGCUGUCACUACUGCCUUUUACCUAACAGCCAUCGCUUCUCCUUUACUCAUCGCAGCUUCCAAGGAUAGCCCAGGGACGACCUUUGGUCUUGGAUUUUUCCUCUACAAUGUAAUGGUUUUGUUCCACGUCUGGGUAGUGGCUUAUGCCUUUGUUCCCGGAGGACCGCUCGUUCGCGAGCAUACAGAUUGGAUUAUGACCACGAUGAUGCUACUUAUUGGUGCUGGCGUAUUUAAUCUCACAUCAAUUAAUUCGCAGCGUCAACAACCUCAUGCGCGACCCGCCCGAGCACAACACCGCAAAUAUCAUACAUUAGCACUUGGUAUAAUCAACUUAUUCUUUAUCGCUUCGGCGUACCGACGAUUCCCUACGUAUGAUUAUAAGCCCUACCACGAAGAAUCGAGACUAAUCACUGCCGGCAUCUGGACUAUCCAUUUCUCUCUUGAUAACGACAUGUGGUCUUCCGAGUAUCGCAUGCGUGAUUUGAUUAAAGAGCUUGAGAUUGACGUUAUUGGCUUGUUGGAGUCUGACUUGCAACGUAUUAUUAUGGGGAAUAGGGAUACGACUCAAUUUCUCGCAGAGGACCUGAAGAUGUAUGUCGACUAUGGCCCCGGACCCAACAAGCAUACUUGGGGCGCAGCACUCUUAUCCAAAUUCCCGAUUAUGAACUCAACUCAUCAUCUCCUUCCGUCGCCUGUAGGCGAACUUGCGCCGGCUAUUCAUGCUACCCUCGACGUCUACGGCGAACUGGUAGAUGUAUUCGUUUUCCAUUCCGGACAAGAAGAAGAUCCUGAAGAUCGUCGACUUCAGACAGAGUACCUUUCCAAACUCAUGGGUUCUUCUCCAAGGCCUUCAAUUCUACUCUCCUACCUCGUUACUAAACCUCUUCAAGGCAAUUAUAAUACAUACGUAUCCGAUAUUUCCGGAAUGCACGACGUAGAUCCGAGCGAUUGGGAUCGUUGGUGCGAAUACAUUAUAUACAAGAAUCUUCAACGAGUAGGCUAUGCAAGAGUAUCCCGAAGUACUAUCACCGACACCGAACUGCAAGUUGCGAAGUUCGUCGUUCCAAAGAGUCAAGAGGAGAAAGAACAAAUUAAAGAUUUAGAGAGUAAUUCAAGUGCGAGAAAUCGCAAAGUUAAGGAACGCGAUGUUCCUGAAGGUUGGAGAUUUCCAGCGCUGUUUAGAGGCAAAGGCGUCAGAGGGCACCAGUAUCACGUUUUCAAUGAGCCACGGUAUUACAAACCAACAUGAUUGGACAAUCGGGGAUAGGCACCUAGGUAUUGGGGAGUAAUGGAUGAAGGAAUACGUAAAUGAUUUUUAAUGUGUAAGAAUAAACGCCGAUAUGAAGGCGAAAAGUCCAUGAGGUUGGGUGGGUUGGUUAUAAUCUCUACCCUUUGAAACUUGGGAAGCCCAUGAUUAAUAUGAAUUAAUUCCAUGAAAUUGUUGCUUGUCCUUCCUCGACGCCUAAAAGCAAAUCUACCUAGGUAUUUUUGAUAUGUCGCCGCCGUUCCUGAGAUAUAAUCGCUGUAUCAAUUAUAC